GGAUAGAAGAUGAGAACCAGCUCCUAAACCAUCUUGCUUUAUAAGCAAUUAUUUAUAUAUACUGAGAAAUAUACAGGUGAAGAGAGCAAAUAGUGCACAAUCUCUUUCCCUCUCCAACGAAAGAUAAUUAAUAAUCUUGGUGUUUAUGACUCUAUCACGGAGAACAUCUCAAAUCAGCCGACUUUUGUCAUCUAAGCAAGAAGAAUAUGAGGAAGAUGAAGAUAUUCAAGAAGAUGAAUAUAUUCAAGAAGAUGAGGAAGAUGAAGAUAUUGAAAGUCGACCUUCUAAUCCCAAACUGCAGCAUCGUAGAGGCAGGCAGUCCAAGCUAACACCACAUCAGAUUCUUUAUCUAGCUGCUUUGGAAAAUAACUGGGGACUUGCUAAGCCUAUUUUGGACAAAGAUCCAAGUUUAGCGACUGCAAAAAUAACGGAACGGGAUGAACGAGUUCUACAUAUUGCCGUUUCAGCAAGCAGCACCCAAUUUGUAAGAGAGCUAGUGAAACUGAUGAAGGAAGAUGAUUUGAAAUUGGAAAGUGCGGUCGGAACUACUGCAUUUUGUUUUGCAGCAGUGUCAGGGGUUAUUGAAAUUGCUAAAGCAAUGAUAGAAAUCAAUGAGAAUCUGCCUAACAUACCCGACAAUGAUGGAACCACACCAAUAACUUUUGCAGCUUUCCUCGGGAACAAAGAUAUGGUCUCGUAUCUCAACGAGGUCACAAAUCUUGAACAGCUAGAAAAAAAAGAACUAUUUCAGCUUCUUGAAGUCACAAUUGAGCAUGAGAUCUAUGAUGGGGCAUUAAAAAUACUCAAAAGGGUCAAAAAGAUACCCGUUGCCAGAGUUUCAAAUCUCUUAAAUGUGUUAUCUAAAAAGCCUUUAACAAUCAGUAGCGAAAAUCCAGAGGGAAAGUGGGGUCAGUUCAUUCAUCUGUUAAAUUCCGGAUUUCAGCGAGCUUGUUUGCUACUUACAAGAAUGUUUAUGAUAGUACCAUUUAUCCCGUGGUUUAAAAGGAUUGGAGUUCUUCAAGAGAAAUCUUCACAGAGGGAGCAAGCUGGUGUGCUACUUAAGAAGCUGUGGGCAAAAUGUGAACGACAAUUGUCAGAGGAGAAGCUUUCAAAGCUAGUCGAGGACGAAGAAAUACUCCAUACUGCUGCAAGAGCGGGAAAUGUAGAGUUUUUGGCUGUGCUUAUUCGCAAUCAUCCUGAUCUCAUAUGGAAAGUCGACAAAAAAAAGCGGACCAUUUUCCAUGUUGCAGUUUUACAUCGAGAGGAAAAAGUCUUUAGUCUUAUACGCCAAAUAGGAACAAUUAAAGACUUAAUUAUUCUAAUACAAGAUGUUGAUGGCAAUAACAUUCUACAUUUGGCUGGAAUGUUGGGGCAGCCUAGUGAUCUUAAGCAGGAACUUGAGCAACAACAGCUUGAAGAGAAGCCAACAGAGGAAUCGAUUAGCGAGAUAAAAGAGAUAAGUGCGACAGAUCCUGCAGAACAGUUUAAACAGGAGCCGCUACAAGAAUUGAUUAGAGAGAUAAAACAGAUAAAAUCGACAGUGUGCUUUAAGGAGUCCGAUAAGAUUAUGCCGCCUUCACUUCUGAAAGUAUCUGGUGCUGCUCUUCGAAUGCAAAGAGAGAUAAUGUGGUUUAAGGAGGUGGAGAAAACUGUACCAUCUUCACUCCUCAAGGAUAAAAACAAAGAUGGCAAAACGCCGGGGCAAUUAUUCUCGGAGGAGCACAAGCAGUUACUCAAAGAAGGGGAAGCGUGGAUGAAAGACACUGCAAAUUAUUGUAUGAUUGUUGCAGCUUUGAUUGCCACAGUCAUGUUUGCUGCUGCCUUCACUGUUCCAGGCGGUAAUAACAACGAUGACGGCACUCCAAUAAUGCUAAAAUCAAAUGCCUUUGCGGUUUUUGUCACAUCAGAUGCUGUGGCACUCUUCAGUUCAAUUAUUUCCAUCAUUAUGUUAUUAUCCAUACUCACGUCUCGCUACACUGAAGAUGAUUUUCUUGUGGCAUUGCCUGCCAAGAUAUUGUGUGGACUCACGGCACUCUUCAUCUCGAUAGUUAGCAUGCUUGUGGCUUUUGCAGCAACUUUCUUCUUGGUCUAUAAUUAUCAUAGGGCCUAUAAGCCCAAGGUCAUUGCUGCUUUUGCUGGACUUCCUGUAGCUUUGUUUGCGGGUUUACAGUUUAGCCUAUGGUUGGAUACGGCGAAAUCAACAUGCUCGUCCAAAUUUCUAUUUACACCAGGAAAGCAUAGGAUUUAUAACAAACAGAUCUGUCACAACAGAGAAGCGGGCUACAUUUUCAGUCGUUUUAAUAAGUGAUGCCUUAUUUUAAGUGGUUUCGUAAAUUAGUUGCAAUGUCUUGAGUAUGACUAAUGUGAUGAAGUUUCCAAGCUUGCCA